AUGGCGGUCAUCGCAGUCGCGGGCGGCACCGGCAGCAUCGGCCGAUCAAUUGUGGAAGCAGUUGUUGAAGCCGGGAACUUUGAAGUCAUCGUUCUCAGUCGAAAGGCCGAUCCAGAGCUGGAAAGAUUAUUGGGUGCACGCAUCCUGGCCAUCGAUUACUCCGACACCGCAUCUCUCACCAGGCUGUUUGAAGACGAAAAUGUCGAUACGGUGCUUUCAGCGCUGAGCGUCUCGACGCCCCUUGAAUACGAGAGCAACUUAAUCCAAGCUGCUGACAAGUCCAAAGUUACCCGCAGGUUCAUCCCGAGUGGCUUUGGCGCCAAGUAUGGACCUGAACAGAAGUUCUUCGCCUUGGCUGCACCAAAAAUCGCGGCCGAAGAAGCCCUCGAGAAAACACAGCUCCAAUGGGCCAUCAUCUGCAACGGCUUCUUCCUCGAUUACUGGGGUAUGCCUAAGGUGAAGUCCUACCUGGGCCCUUCGGUCCUGGUACUUGAUCUGCCAGCCAAGAAGGCUGCCAUUCCAGGCUUGGGUGACACUCCAGUUGUAUUCACAUACUCUGGUGAUGUUGCUAAGUUUACAGCCGCCAUUCUUACCCUUGAUAAGUGGGAGAAGGCAUCGUAUGUGAUUGGAGACAAGGUUACUUGGAACGAGUUUGUCGCUACUGCUGAGGAAGUUCUUGCCGAGAAAAUCGACACUGUCCAUGAUUCAGUCGAACUGCUCAAGUCUGGUCAAAUCACCGAGCUUCCAAGCCAGGUACCAGCUUAUGCAUUAUUGCCCAAGGAAGCCUUCCAAGGCAUGUGUGCCACUUUCGGGCUCUUCUUUGAACAGGGACUCCUGGACUUUCAGCAAGAGACGGCUGUUAAUCGCCUGUUCCCAGACAUCAAGACAGAAUCUGUCAAGGACAUGCUGGAGCUUGGUUGGAAGAAUUAG